CACAGCUAGCGACGACUAGCCUCGACGAUGCGCUGCUCGUGCUCUCUCCUCCUCCUCCUCGGAAGCGCCCUCCGCGCGUCGUCCUUCAGCGUACCGUGUCAUGCGGCGGCGUCAGGCCGUCCCGCCGCGGCUACGAGCCGCGGCACGGUCAGCUUGGCCGACGUCGGCGCCGCGUCGACAGCCUUCUACACCGACGAGGUGCGAAAGGAGUCGUACCCAAGCAUGGCGGACGUGCUCGACGCAAAGGUGGCGGACCCGGACCUGCGCCGGCUGAUGCUGACGCUCUUCGGCGCGUUUGCCACUGUCUCGGCAGCGCUCCGCGCCGAGUUGGUCGUCAAGGCGGAGGAGCAGAAGUCGGUGUUUGGCGACGUGCAGCUCGGCGUGGACGUGCUGGCCGACCAGCUGCUGUGGGACGUGUGCCGGAGCGAGCCGCUCAUCAAGACGGGCUCCUCGGAGGAGGCGCCCGACGUGCGCGAGAUGCACGCGGGCGGACGCUUCUGCCUCUGCUGGGACCCGCUCGACGGCUCCGCCAUCGUCGACAACAACUGGGCCGUCGGGACGAUCAUCGGCAUCUGGCCGGCGGCGACCGGCGUCAUCGGCGCGACCGGCCGCGACCAGGUGGCAUCGAUGGUGGCCAACUACGGCCCGCGCACGACCGCGUUUGCAACGCUCGACGACGGCGUCUACGAGUUCACACUCGGCGUGGGCGGCGCGGACGGUUGGCUGUGCUCGCGGGAGAGGGUGCGGAUCUCGCCCCAGUCGAGGAUCUUCUCGCCCGCCAACCUGCGCACCGCGCGGCACGAGCUGCCCGGCUACGGCGAGCUGAUCGACUUCUGGCUCGACCAGCGGUACACGCUCCGCUUCUGCGGCGGGCUGGUGCCCGACAUCUGCCAGCAGUUCUCCAAGGGGCAGGGCGUGCUCACCAACCCGCCGGGCGGCGACACGGCGCCGGCCAAGCUGCGUCUCGCCUUUGAGUGCGCGCCCUUCAGCCUUCUCGUCGAGGCCGCCGGCGGCAAGUCGUCGGACGCCGUGACGGGAGGCUCCGUCCUCGACGUGCCGAUCGAGGGAAUCGACCAGCGCACCUCGAUCGCGAUCGGCUCGGCGGACGAGGUGGACAGGUUCAACGCGCUCGUCCUCCCGUCGGUCCGGGCAGGGCCGAUCCCCUACAUGGAUGGGCAGCCGACCACACACGGCCUCAACGCCGGCAAGGCGCCCGCGCCGCGGCCGCCGCAAGACGGGCGGCGGUCGCCAAUCUUUCUCGCAGAGCCGUCGGGCACCGAAAACGGCAAGGCGCCGCCCGCGAGCCAGCAGCGAGGCGGGUGGGGCGACCAAAACGUGUACUGAGAGAGCCGCUCGCGCGCCUCGAGUGAGGGCAUGACGUCGGUUUCACACUCGGAGUCGUUUCGAUGUUCACGUACUGUGAGUUGAAAAGACAGAGAUAUGCUAUGUCAC